AUGGUGGCAUGUGCGAUUGGACCGGAUAUAGCGAGGAUUACAACUGUGUCUGUCAAGAUGGUUAUACCGGCAGAUUCUGUGAAAAUGCAAAUACAUCAGUGUUCUGGGGAGGGAGAUUGCUCAAAUAACGGUAACUGCGAAGAUGAUGGUUAUGGUAAUAUGUUUUGCAAUUGCAACGCUGAAUAUACUGGAUUUUAUUGUGAAACUCAGUUGUCGUGUAUGUCGGAAGAAUGUAGAAAUGGUGGUUACUGCAUGGAAGACGCUGAUGGUGUAUACUAUUGUAAAUGUCCAGAGGGAUACACUGGAACCAAAUGUGAAAUCGCCAUACCAUCGUGUACCAGUUGUUUGGUAAAUACCACGUGUUAUUCUGAUCCGUGUGAAUGCCAAGGACGAAAUUGCCCUGAUCCAGAACAAAUACGUUACACUACAUGCAUCUUCUGUGAAAGCUUUGACUACGAUGAGUGUUAUUAUGACCCUAGGAAUAGCCGUACCUUGUUGUGUGAACAGGGUUGCAUGAGUUUCAGUUAUCGUACUGGUGAAGGGAUAUGGAUCGAACGUAGUUGUGCUGAUGAUGGAUGUUGGAAUGGGUGCUACGGGGAAGCGGGCAUGGAACAGUGUAAAUCAUGUUGCUACGACGAUAAAUGCAACACCUAUGACCCCUUGUUCACCGUGACUAUUACUGCAGCAAGCGGCCUUCUUGGCAUCAGUGUUGUUGGUACAUCUAUGGCGUGUGCACUGGCCAUCGUCGUCGCCUAGUUACGAUACCAUUGG